CCCGCCGAGGAGCGGGUGCCCGGCCGGGCCGAGCCGGCGGGGCGGCGGGCUCGCCUAUGAGGCUUUGCAGAAGCAAACACAAGCCCGGGAAAGGUAAAGGGCCGCCGGCCCGCCGUCUCUGUGGAGCGGGCCGCACCGGCGGGAGCUUGGGGUGCUGGGCGCCCCGCCCUCCUACGCCUGAGUCCCGAUGACCGUGCAUCGGGGACCUUUUCUUCCAUGGAAAUAACCAGUUUAGGGAAAUGGAGUCACCCAAGUCUUUCAAGCUGCCUAUUUCAUUCUGAACCAAAGAAGGCAACUGAAGAAGAAUGCAUCCAUUGCCCUAGAUUCAGUAAAUCAUGUCCAAUUAAUUAUCCAUAUAUUCCAGGUGAGGAGCAAAUGGGGUGCACCUUUUCAGGCCCAAAGCCUAAGGAAAGGUCGAUGGACAGCCUUUCCUAUAAGUCUGCAGAGGGCUCCCCUCGGAAGGAAGGGGCCGCCAAGCAGCAGUUGCCGGCACCUGGAGUCAAAGCUGGGACGGUGCCGGAGCGUGAAGGAGUUCGAGAAGCUGAACCGCAUCGGGGAAGGCACUUAUGGCAUCGUGUGGCCCGGGACACCCAGACGGAUGAGAUUGUCGCCCUGAAGAAAGUACGGAUGGACAAGGAGAAGGAUGUGGUCAGUGCUGAGAGCUGCUGCUGUGCCUCUGAUGUAGGAAGGAGGGGCUCAAGCUGCUUGUUGGGACGCCUCGAUUCUCCUGAGCGUCCCCAUCAGCAGCCUUCGCGAGAUCACGCUGCUCCUCCGCCUCCGCCAUCCAAAUAUCGUGGAGCUGAAGGAGGUGGUGGUGGGCAACCACCUGGAGAGGUCAAGUGCAUCGUGCUGCAGGUGCUGCGGGGUCUCCAGUACCUACACCAGAACUUCAUCAUCCACAGGGACCUGAAGGUUUCCAACUUGCUCAUGACCGAUAAGGGCUGCGUGAAGACAGCGGAUUUCGGCCUGGCCCGGGCCUAUGGCAUCCCCGUGAGACCAAUGACGCCCAAGGUGGUCACACUGUGGUACCGAGCCCCAGAGCUGCUGCUGGGCACCACCACGCAGACCACCAGCAUCGACAUGUGGGCCUUGGGCUGCGUCCUGGCUGAGCUGCUGGCUCACAAGCCCCUUCUCCCGGGCACGUCUGAGAUCCACCAGGUGGACCUGAUUGUACAGCUGCUGGGAACACCCAGUGAGAACAUCUGGCCGGGCUUCUCCCGGCUGCCGCUGGUCAGCCAGUACAGCCUGCGGAAGCAGCCCUACAACAACCUGAAGCACAGGUUCCCGUGGCUGUCAGAGGCCGGCCUGCGCCUGCUGAACCUGCUCUUCAUGUACGACCCCACGAAAAGGGCGACGGCCGGGGACUGCCUGGAGAGCUCCUACUUCAAGGAGAAGCCCCUGCCCUGUGAGCCGGAGCUCAUGCCCACCUUCCCUCACCACCGCAACAAGCGGGCUGCUCCCGCCUUGUCUGAGAGCCAGAGCAAGCGCUGCAGGCCCUGACUGCCGGAGGCCCCUGCCGGCCCGGCUGACAGGCUCCCGAGACCCAGCUGGACCCUCGGCCAGGACUCACCAGCUGCUUCAGCCGACCGCUCCGAUUCCUGCCUCCUCACCCACCACUGCCCCAGAACAGCAGGGUGUGCACCGGUGUAUGGGUGGGGGCACCAUGAGCCGGGCCCCACCAGAGCUGUGGUGGCCCCACCUGGGGCCCUACUGGGUUCUGCCCGCCACGCCCAAGGCUCCCAGAAGCUCUGGAAGCACCCACGGGCCCAUCUUGGGGGUGCUGCUGGCUAGGGAUGUGCAGACCUUGGGUGCCGAGUCCUAUCGUGGUCCUCGGGCGGGGCUGUGUGGAGGGGUUGGGUGUGGGUUGGACCCGGGUCUGCGCCGUGACCACUCAGACACCAGAGCAAGUGCCUCCUGGGGGCAGAGCCCAGGGGAGGGUACGGUCGGUGCUACAGGAACUGAGAUAAAAGCUUUCC